GAUACUUUUCCAAAAAACUUUUUACAGAAUUUUGUGUACAAAAAGGACCGAAAAUUCGAAAGUUAUCAUCAGUCCAGCCGCAAAUAACAUCGCGAGCAAGUGUAAUCUUGAGCAGUUAGUAUCUACAUUAUUUGAUAUUUAUUAAAUAUUAGUGUUGUGAAUUUAAAAACCAUUCCUUAAAAACCCUAUUUAUGAAUACCGAUCCAUUAUUUAAGUGAAAAUUUCAAAAUAUGUCCGCAUACCCUCGUAAUUCGUAAGAUAUAGAAUCCUACAGCAAAGUUAACUAUGACUAUCUUGUGUCGCCAUUAAAACUUAUCGGAAAAAUUCAUUGCGGGUUUUCUUUUAUAUAUCCAUUUGGAAUAGUUCCAAGUUAAAUACCUACCUAGAUAGUCCAAGACCCAAAACCAUCUCGUAAUAUUGUUGUUUUUGUUCUGGUUGGUAAUCAAGUCAAAGUUGCAACACUGGAAUAUUGUUUUCCACAAUCCACAUUAAAUUAUAAAAUAAAAAAGGAAUUCCCUUCCAUAAUAUGAAAAGCUCCUUCUUUCAAGUCUAAGCAACAACUCCCCCUAUUUUGUUAUUGUAUUUUCCAGUUCUAUGUCGUCGUAUAUUGGAUAUAUCCUCGUAGUCGUUGUGGUCUUGGUCGUCGUUGUAGUUUUCAACGAUGCAGAAACCUCAUCAGUCUUCGUCGAGCUUUCAUUUCGAACAGAAGUAGCCAAUCUAAAAGUUCACUUUGAACAGAACUAGCCGCUGCGGUAUUAUACCAUCAUACCUAACAUAAAAACCACUUGACUUUGUUUCAAGAACAUAACAGGGGCGCCAUAUAUUGCACCACCUCGUGACAAAUAAAUCAAUAAAAUUUAAAAAAGAAAAAAAAUACUUACUUCCCAUAAGCAGUUUAAAAAAAAAAAAACUUACCCUAAGGCAAGGCAAAAAUAUUAUACACGAGUAUAUGUACCUCAACGCUCAACCGGACACGACUCCUAUCACCCAAAAAGGAUUGCUUUCUUCCGUUUUAAGUUCUUGUGCAUUGCAGAAUAUACAUUAAAACAAAAUAAAAAAAAAAAAACUUCAACAAAACAAAAAAGAGUCUAACUAAAAAAUAAUUUAAGUAAUAACAUCUCCAAAAACUAAAAACCUAAAAAAAAACAAAAGGACUUGAGUAACUUUUGAAGUGAAAGUCAUCCAUUUUAAAACAAGCCAGCACAAGGUGCAGCGUUAUUAAAUAAAUAUUAUUCUAUUUGACAUUUUGUUAAUAUUAAAAUAUACAAAGUGGUGUUAAACAAAAAAAAAAAACAACAGCCCUUAGUGAAACAACAAUUGUUGUUAGUUGAACUUAGUGUUUAAAGCUUUUAAAAGUUAUUAAAAAAUAAACUCAGUCUUGUCAAUUUAAUUGAUCAAAUUAAUAUCAAAUCGAUAAAAACUCUUUUUGUCAGUUUUUUUUUAAGAAGACUCAAAUCAAAAAGAAAACCAAGCCGAAAGUAUAAUCUGUGAUGGGGGAUCAAGAUAUUGUUGGUCCCAAUGCUGGAAACGGAGCUGGAAUAGCUUCCGAGAACGUUGCAGCAGUUUCAGCAGGAGUAGAGCAAUCGGGACCGGCAAUGGCUGGCAGUAAUAAUGGAAAUGGAGCUAUAAGAAAUGGCAAUGGCGAUGAUGGUGGAAAUGGAAAUGGAACUGAAGGAAUUAAUGGAGGUGGGGUGGCAGGCAAUGCCAAUGGCGGUCAUCCAGUUCCGGAUAAUUUAAAUAUUAUCACCAAUGGAAUGACCCAAGCCAACGGCACUGGCAACGGCAAAGGCAACGGCAAAGGUAGCGGCAAUGGCAAUGGCAACGGCAGCGGUGGAAAAGGCGGUAAUGAGGAAAAUGUAGAUUUGAAUGCUGGUGACGCUGGCGUUGCCGAAGAGGAGGGCGGGCGUGCUCCGAUAGAUACUGCUUGCUCCGAUGCUGAUGGUGGACCAUCAAGUUUGGUUGGUAUGGUUGGACCUCCCAGUCCCUUGACUGGCUGUUAUUUGCUGAUUGUAUUGGGAGAGCCACACUCAGACGAACACAAGGAUCAUAUUUUACAGAAUCUAUUAAAAGGAUUUCUCUCUUGGGAUGUAUCCGAUUGUCAUGUCGACCUAGAGGAUGAACUCAAUACAAUUACACAACAUGCCCCAGAGGGGGAGGAAGCUCGACACGGCGAAAGACUCAUUCAGUACGCUAGUGAAAACCUAGUCACUGAAGUACUAAUUCACCCUCAAUACAACACUCUGAUACAAUGCAUGAGAAAUUUAUUGAGCAGUUUUACAAGGCACAGGCAUAUAAUCCAUGCAGGCUACACAUUUACAGGCAAUGGUUCCUGGAUACUACAGGACGGAACCUUUUCAGUAGCAGAUUUUUCAGAAGCAUUUCAGGAACAUGAUGUACAAAGGGUGUUGCGUGCCUAUCCUGAUACAAUCACAAUGAACAUUCACUGUGCCGAUAAUGGACUGUGGAAUACCUUACCAGACAAAUCAUUUGCAAGGCUGUGUAGGAUUCGAAUAAAUCCAAAUGAUGUCUUGAGCACAAGUAAUGAGAGUAUAAAUGCAUUUAUUGACUAUCUUGCCCCAUUACUGAGUCCGGCUUCCUUAAGCGAGUUACUGCAAACUUCAGAUGUAGUGGGAAAUAUUCGAUUUACCCAUCCAACACUAUAUGUCUUUCCAGGAGGUCAAGGUGAUGCGGCACUCUUUGGCAUAAACGGAUUUAAUAUGUUAGUCGAUGGAGGUUUUAACAGAAAAGCUUGCUUUUGGGAUUUCGCACGCCAUCUUGACCGUUUAGAUGCUGUUCUUUUGACACGUAUUAACAACAGCAAUAUCAAUGGAAUGGCGGCAGUCAUUGAACGUAAACGUGAAUCGCAUGUCUAUCCACAAAUUGGACAUUUCUUUUGCAAUAUUCCUGAUCGCAAAAGUUUACCUAGUCCUGAUGGUGACAAGGAUAAGGAUCCGCUUCUAGUAGAUUUAUUUGAACGUGGCCAUAACCUUGUCAGCGGAGUGAAAGCCUUAGACUUAAAACCACAGACUUGCUAUCGCAACUCAGAGCCAAUCAACCUCUACCAUAAAGUGGGACAUGGUACAUUAGAUAUGUAUGUGAUAAGUCCGUCUAGGGACUCAAAAGAAGUGAAGGACUUUUUACAAAAGUGGAAUGCCGGAGAUCAGAAGCUUUUUGCUGCCAGGGAUACAAGAGAUUUCCAAUUUCCGCUCCAAAAUCUUGUAUCAAUUUGUUCGUUAUUGGUGUGGCAGCCUGCUGAUCCGGAUGAUACAAUAACAAGAAUUUUGUUCCCAGGAAGCACACCUGAUUACAAGAUUCAAGAAGGUCUAGAAAAACUGAAGCAUCUGGAAUUUAUGAAAUACUCCACUUGCACUGCCAAAUCAAUUGCUCCUGUUAUACAAACGGUUACAACUCGUAGAGUAUUUAAAUCCGGGCCAUUAGAAAAGGGCAUUGCCGAACCAGUUGUUCCGUCCAAAGUUGCAAAAUCACUAGAUCGAGAUGCAAAUGUGAUUGAAACAAAAAUUAAAUCAACUUCAACUAUCCAGCAACAUGAAGACAAUAAAAUAAAAGACACGACAAUAGAAGCCAUAGAAAGUAAAAUUGAAAAAGUCAUGGAUAAAGAAGAAGAAAUUAAAAUAAUCGAUAAAGUUUCUAAAGAAUUGGAACAUGACCAAGAGAACAAAGAUGAAGAAAAGAAAGAUGAGCAAGACAACAAGGAAGUUACCGAAAAGAAAGUGGAAGUGAUGAUUGUUAAGCCACAACAGCAACAACCACAACAAACUGAACCAGCUUCCAAAGACGAAGCCCCAGAAAUUAUUAAAACAAAACCCAAAGCAAAAACUGAAAAGCCACGGGCUGAAGUCAAGCCAGUUAUUCGGUCACGAAUUGAUACCAAGCCUCCCAAAUCGAUGGAGAAGAAGGCAUUUAAGAAAGAAGAUAGAAAAGUAUCUCCAACGCAUACUCCACGUAGGCAAGAUAUUACAACGAAGCCCUCACACCCAAUAAAAGAAAAAGAAAUUAAGCCAAGAGUUGUUUCAAGAGUAGCUAAGUCAAGUCCUAGCAGUACACCAGCGAAAAGUGCGAAAGAUGCAAACAACCGUAAAGUGUUGGAAUCCAAGCAACAUAUUUCAAAAAUAUCGGCCACACGAAGAGAAAGGGAAACAACUAGAACUACUACAACGAGUGAGAAAAAAGAAACUAAAAAGACCGAAAGAAAACCAAUUUCAAGGCGUCCUCGUGGAACUUCACCGACUAAAAGAGCUCCAGGAAGUCCAGUUAAAGCUAUGAAACCAAGAACAGAAUUGAAGAAAUCUCGAUUAGACAAAGGUGGUACGACUGAUUCUAGCUUGGUUUCCACACCAAGCGCAGAUGAAGUUCCAGCUGGUAAGAAAAUUCAAGAUUUGGUAACUUCUCAAGAAUUAGAUGCUGCGAAGCAACGUGAACUUGAUGAUCUAAAAGAAGAGCAAGAAGUUGUACGAGAAAUUGAAGCCGUUUUCAGUAGAGAUGAAAAGAAACGCAAAAUUGAACUGAUAUCAGAUCGCCGUGAAAUUGCCAAACAAGAUAGUACAACAGAAGCGGAUGAAGAUGAAGAGUAUCUCAUAAUCGAAAAAGAAGAAAUUGAGCAAUAUACAGAAGAUUCAAUCAUCGAGCAAGAAAGUAGUAUGACUAAAGAAGAAGAAAUCCAGAAACAUCAACGAGAUUCGCAGGAAUCUGAGAAAAAACGUAAGAAGAGCGCUGAAGAGGAGAUAGAAGCAGAAAUUGCAAAGGCUGAAGCUGAAGAAAGAAGAAAUAGACAACAACAACAACAACAAGAAGCUGAUGAAGAAGAAGAAGCCGAAGAAGACGCUGACGCUGACAUUCAACCUGAUUCAAUCGAGGAAAAAGCUAAAUUGACAACUCCCGAAAAAACUGAUCUCAAAGCUGAGGUCCAAGAGAUAAUUUCUUCUGCCAAAGAAAUAGUGAAAGCCCGGAAUGAAGAAACAGUAAUUAAGACUGAGGAGCUGUCUUCCCCUUCACCAGAAGAAAAAAUAAGCAGUGCAAAGAAAACAUCCGAUACCAAAGAUGAGCCUAUUGAAGAGCACGAUGCCGGCAAAGAAAUUAAUUUGCAAGAAAGUCUUCCUGAGGAAAAAUUCUCUGCAACAAUUGAAUCAGGAGCAACAACAGCUCCAACGUUGCCAGAGGACGAACGAAUUCCACUAGAUGAGAUAAAAGAGGAUUUAGUAAUUGAAGAAAAGCACAUAAAAGAAGAAACAAAAGAGGUUGAAGCAGUUCGUUUUCACCCGAAACCUAUGACAACUAAGGGUACACCAAAUGCUUCUGAACGGGUUCUUCCACUUAAAAUGACUUUUGAGACUCAACAAAAUCUUAUGCGGGACGUUGUUAAGACUCCCGACGAAGUUGCUGAUCUUCCCAUGCAUGAAGAAGCUGAUUUCGGAGUGUAUGAUGAUAAGGAAUCCCAAGAUACCAAUAAACCUUUAUCAUCAAAAGAGGAAAAAGAAGUAGAAGAGAAGGAAAAAGAAGACGAAGGAAAUGAAGCAACAUCAAAAGAAAACGAAGAAUUAAAAGAUGAAAAAGAUGUGCUAAAAAUUGGUGCCGACAAAGCAAAGACAGAACUGCAAGUAGAAUUUGAUGAACUAGAGAAGAACAAAAAGGAUGAUGUAACAAUUGAAGUUAAAAGUGAAGUCAAAGCCACAGAAGUAAAGACCGAUCUUGUUGAAUUAGAAGAUAUUGUUAAAAAACAAGAGUCACAAAUAACGAAAGCAAUUAGUCCAGACGAAAAGGAGAAAAGUGAGAUAACCUCCGAUGAUGAAUUGCCGGAGCAUAUACCAGCAAUUCGAGCGAAAGUAACAGAAUUGAAGGAAAAAGAAGACACGACUUCCCUCGAAAGUCCAGAAACAAUUGAAGAAGCCAUUGAAGUAGAAACUCAAAAUAAUUUACAUGAAAAGAAAGCUCCUGGAAAAGAAGACCUUGUUUGCAAGAGUUUGCUAGAGGAACUGCAAAUUGAGUCGCGGAAAAAUGAAAAGGAAAUAGAAUUACUACGUUUAGAAUCAAUUACUGAUACAACCCACAAACCAAAACUGGAAUAUGCAGAGCUCGAAUCUGUCGAACCACAUUUAAAAAAAGCUGACAAAACUUCUCCUGUUGAAAGCAAAGGGGAUGAAAAGUCAGUUCCACCAUCAAAAGAAGCAUCUCGACCAGAAUCUGUCGAACCACACUUAGAACCAGCUGACAAAACUUCUCUUGUUGAAAGCCAAAAGGAUGACAAGUCAGCACCACCAUCAAAAGAAACUUCUGACAAAACUUCACCUGUCAAAAGCCAAAAGGAUGAAAAGUCAGCACCACCAUCCAAGGAAACAUCUCGACGAGAAUCUGUUGAGCCACAACCAGAAACUGUUGACAAAACUUCACCUGUUGCAAGUCAAAAGGAUGAAAAGUCAGCGCCACCAUCAAAAGAAGCUUCUCGGCCAGAAUCUGUCGAACCACACUUAGAACCAGCUGACAAAACUUCUCCUGUUGAAAGCCAAAAGGAUGACAAGUCAGCACCACCAUCAAAAGAAGCAUCUCGGCCAGAAUCUGUCGAACUACAACCAGAAACCUCUGACAAAACUUCACCUGUCGAAAGCCAAAAGGAUGACAAGUCAGCACCACCAUCCAAGGAAGCAUCUCGACGAGAAUCUGUUGAGCCACAGAGAGAAACUGCAGAAAAAACUUCACCUGUUGCAAUCCAAAAGGAUGAAAAGUCAGCGCCACCAUCAAAAGAAGUAUCUCGUCCAGUAUCUGUCGAACCACACUUAGAACCAGCUGAAAAAACUUCCCCGGUUGCAAGUCAAAAGGAUGAAAAGUCAGCGCCACCAUCAAAAGAAGCUUCUCGGCCAGAAUCUGUUGAACCACACUUAGAACCAGCUGACAAAACUUCUCCUGUUGAAAGCCAAAAGGAUGACAAGUCAGCACCACCAUCAAAAGAAGCAUCUCGGCCAGAAUCUGUCGAACCACAACCAGAAACCUCUGACAAAACUUCACCUGUCGAAAGCCAAAAGGAUGACAAGUCAGCACCACCAUCCAAGGAAGCAUCUCGACGAGAAUCUGUUGAGCCGCAGAGAGAAACUGCAGAAAAAACUUCACCUGUUGCAAUCCAAAAGGAUGAAAAGUCAGCGCCACCAUCAAAAGAAGUAUCUCGUCCAGUAUCUGUCGAACCACACUUAGAACCAGCUGAAAAAACUUCCCCGGUUGAAAGCCAAAAGGAUGACAAGUCAGCACCACCAUCAAAAGAAGCAUCUCGGCCAGAAUCUGUCGAACCACAACCAGAAACCUCUGACAAAACUUCACCUGUCGAAAGCCAAAAGGAUGACAAGUCAGCACCAACAUCCAAGGAAGCAUCUCGACGAGAAUCUGUUGAGCCACAGCCAGAAACUGCAGACAAAACUUCACCUGUUGCAACCCAAAAGGAUGAAAAGUCAGCGCCACUAUCAAAAGAAGUAUCUCGUCCAGUAUCUGUCGAACCACACUUAGAACCAGCUGAAAAAACUUCCCCGGUUGAAAGCCAAAAGGAUGACAAGUCAGCACCACCAUCAAAAGAAGCAUCUCGGCCAGAAUCUGUCGAACCACAACCAGAAACUGCUGACAAAACUUCACCUGUCGAAAGCCAAAAGGAUGACAAGUCAGCACCAACAUCCAAGGAAGCAUCUCGACGAGAAUCUGUUGAGCCACAACCAGAAACUGCAGACAAAACUUCACCUGUUGCAAGUGAAAAUAAUGAAAAGUCAGCGCCACUAUCAAAAGAAGCAUCUCGGCCAGAAUCUGUCGAACCGCACAUAGAACCAGCUGACAAAGCUUCUCCUGUUGAAAGACAAAAGGAUGACAAGUCAGCACCUCCAUCCAAGGAAGCAUCUCGACCAGAAUCUGUUGAGCCGCAACCUGAAACUGCAGACAUAACUUCAACUGUUGCAAGUCAAAAGGAUGAAAAGUCAGCGCCACCAUCAAAAGAAGUAUCUCGACCAGAAUCUGUUGAGCCAAAACCAGAAACUGCUGACAAAACUUCACCUGUUGCAAGUCAAAAGGAUGAAAAGUCAGCGCCACCAUCAAAAGAAGCAUCUAGGCCAGAAUCUGUCGAACCACAUUUAGAACCAGCUGACAAAACUUCUCCUGUUGCGAGUCAAAAGGAUGAAAAGUCAGCACCACCAUCAAAAGAAGCAUCUCGGCCAGAAUCUGUUGAGCCACAACCAGAAACUGCAGAAAAAACUUCUCCUGUUGAAAGCAAAAAGGAUGAAAAGGCAGCACCAUCAAAAGAAGCAUCUGGACCAGAAUCUGUCGAACCACAACCAGAAACUGCUGACAAAACUUCACCUGUUGCAAGUCAAAAGGAUGAAAAGUCAGCGCCACCAUCAAAAGAAGCAUCUAGGCCAGAAUCUGUCGAACCACACUUAGAACCAGCUGACAAAACUUCUCCUGUUUCAAGUCAAAAGGAUGAAAAGUCAGCGCCACCAUCAAAAGAAGUAUCUCGGCCAGAAUCUGUUGAGCCACAAGCAGAAACUGCUGACAAAACUUCACCUGUUGCAAGUCAAAAGGAUGAAAAGUCAGCGCCACCAUCAAAAGAAGCAUCUAGGCCAGAAUCUGUCGAACCACAUUUAGAACCAGCUGACAAAACUUCUCCUGUUGCGAGUCAAAAGGAUGAAAAGUCAGCACCACCAUCAAAAGAAGCAUCUCGGCCAGAAUCUGUUGAGCCACAACCAGAAACUGCAGAAAAAACUUCUCCUGUUGAAAGCAAAAAGGAUGAAAAGGCAGCACCAUCAAAAGAAGCAUCUCGACCAGAAUCUGUCGAACCACAACCAGAAACUGCUGACAAAACUUCACCUGUUGCAAGUCAAAAGGAUGAAAAGUCAGCGCCACCAUCAAAAGAAGCAUCUAGGCCAGAAUCUGUCGAACCACACUUAGAACCAGCUGACAAAACUUCUCCUGUUUCAAGUCAAAAGGAUGAAAAGUCAGCGCCACCAUCAAAAGAAGUAUCUCGGCCAGAAUCUGUUGAGCCACAAGCAGAAACUGCUGACAAAACUUCACCUGUUGCAAGUCAAAAGGAUGAAAAGUCAGCGCCACCAUCAAAAGAAGCAUCUCGGCCAGAAUCUGUUGAGCCGCAACCUGAAACUGCAGACAUAACUUCGCCUGUUGCAAGUCAAAAGGAUGAAAAGUCAGCGCCACCAUCAAAAGAAGUAUCUCGGCCAGAAUCUGUUGAGCCACAACCAGAAACUGCUGACAAAACUUCACCUGUUGCAAGUCAAAAGGAUGAAAAGUCAGCACCACCAUCAAAAGAAGCAACUCGGCCAGAAUCUGUUGAGCCACAACCAGAAACUGCAGAAAAAACUUCUCCUGUUGAAAGCAAAAAGGAUGAAAAGACAGCACCAUCAAAAGAAGCAUCUCGACCAGAAUCUGUCGAACCACAACCAGAAACUGCUGACAAAACUUCACCUGUUGCAAGUCAAAAGGAUGAAAAGUCAGCGCCACCAUCAAAAGAAGCAUCUAGGCCAGAAUCUGUCGAACCACACUUAGAACCAGCUGACAAAGCUUCUCCUGUGGAAAGCAAAAAGGAUGAAAAGUCAGCGCCUUCAUCAAAAGAAGCAUCUCGGCCAGAAUCUGUCGAACCACAACCAGAAACUGCAGAAAAAACUUCUCCUGUUGAAAGCAAAAAGGAUGAAAAGACAGCACUAUCAAAAGAAGCAUCUCGACCAGAAUCUGUCGAACCACAACCAGAAACUGCUGACAAAACUUCACCUGUUGCAAGUAAAAAGGAUGAAAAGUCAGCGCCACCAUCAAAAGAAGCAUCUCGGCCAGAAUCUGUGGAACCACACUUAGAACCAGCUGACAAAACUUCUCCUGAGGAUGAAAAGUCAGCGCCACCAUCAAAAGAAGCAUCUCGACCAGAAUCUGUCGAACCACAACCAGAAACUGCUGACAAAACUUCACCUGUUGUAAGUCAAAAGGAUGAAAAGUCAGCGCCACCAUCAAAAGAAGCUUCUCGGCCAGAAUCUGUGGAACCACACUUAGAACCAGCUGACAAAACUUCUCUUGUUGAAAGCAAAAAGGAUGACGAGUCAGCACCACCAUCAAAAGAAGCAUCUCGGCCAGAAUCUGUCGAACCACAUCCAGAACCUUCUGACAAAACUUCACCUGUAGAAAGCCAAAAGGAUGACAAUUCAGCACCACCAUUCAAAGAAACAUCUCGACGAGAAUCUGUUGAGCCACAACCAGAAACUACUGACAAAACUUCACCUGUUGCAAGUCAAAAGGAUGAAAAGUCAGCGCCACCAUCAAAUGAAGUAUCUCGGCCAGAAUCUGUUGAGCCGCAACCAGAAACUGCAGAAAAACCUUCUUCUGUUGAAAGCAAAAAGGAUGAAAAGAUAGCGCCACCAUCAACAGAGGCAUCUCGACCAGAAUCUGACGAACCACAACUAGAAACUGCUGACAAAACUUCACCUGUUGCAAGUCAAAAGGAUGAAAAGUCAGCGCCACCAUCAAAAGAAGCAUCUCGGCCAGAAUCUGUCGAACCACACUUAGAACCAGCUGACAAAAUUUCUUCUGUGGAAAGCAAAAAGGAUGAAAAGUCAGCGCCUUCAUCAAAAGAAACAUCCGGGCCAGAAUCUGUCGAUUCACACUUGGAACCAGCUGACAAAACUUCUCCUGUGGAAAGCAAAAAGGAUGAAAAGUCAGCGCCUUCAUCAAAAGAAGCAUCUCGGCCAGAAUCUGUUGAGCCACAACCAGAAACUGCAGAAAAAACUUCUCCUGUUGAAAGCAAAGAGGAUGAAAAGACAGCACCAUCAAAAGAAGCAUCUCGACCAGAAUCUGUCGAACCACAUCCAGAACCUUCUGACAAAACUUCACCUGUAGAAAGCCAAAAGGAUGACAAGUCAGCACCACCAUCCAAGGAAACAUCUCGACGAGAAUCUGUUGAGCCACAACCAGAAACUGCUGACAAAACUUCACCUGUUGCAAGUCAAAAGGAUGAAAAGCCAGCACCACCAUCCAAGGAAGCAUCAAGGCCAGAAUCUGUUGAGCCACAACCAGAAACAACUGACAAAACUUCUCCGGUUGAAAGCCAAAAGGAUGACAAGUCAGCACCACCAUCCAAGGAAGCAUCUCGACCGGAAUCCGUUAUAAGUCAAAAGGAUGAAAAGUCGGCACCACCAUCCAAGGAAGCAUCUAGGCCAGAAUCUGUCGAACCACACUUAGAACCAGCUGACAAAACUUCUCCUGUUUCAAGUCAAAAGGAUGAAAAGUCAGCGCCACCAUCAAAAGAAGUAUCUCGGCCAGAAUCUGUUGAGCCACAAGCAGAAACUGCUGACAAAACUUCACCUGUUGCAAGUCAAAAGGAUGAAAAGUCAGCACCACCAUCAAAAGAAGCAUCUCGACCAGAAUCUGUCGAACCACACUUAGAACCAGCUGACAAAACUUCUCCUGUGGAAAGCAAAAAGGAUGAAAAGUCAGCGCCUUCAUCAAAAGAAGCAUCUCGGCCAGAAUCUGUAGAAGCACAACCUGAAACUGCUGACAAAACUUCGCCUGUUGCAAGUCAAAAGGAUGAAAAGUCAGCGCCACCAUCAAAAGAUGUAUCUCGGCCAGAAUCUGUUGAGCCACAACCAGAAACUGCUGACAAACCUUCUGUUGAAAGCAAAAAGGAUGAAAAGACAGCACCAUCAAAAGAAGCAUCUCAAACUGAAUCUGUCAAACCACAACCAGAAACUGCUGACAAAACUUCACCUGUUGCAAGUCAAAAGGAUGAAAAGUCAGCGCCACCAUCAAAAGAAGCAUCUCGGCCAGAAUCUGUUGAACCACACUUAGAACCAGCUGACAAAACUUCUCCUGUUGCAAGUCAAAAGGAUGAAAAGUCAGCACCACCAUCAAAAGAAGCAUCUCGGCCAGAAUCUGUCGAACCACACUUAGAACCAGCUGACAAAACUUCUCCUGUGGAAAGCAAAAAGGAUGAAAAGUCAGCGCCUUCAUCAAAAGAAGCAUCUCGGCCAGAAUCUGUUGAGCCACAACCUGAAACUGCUGACAAAACUUCGCCUGUUGCAAGUCAAAAGGAUGAAAAGUCAGCGCCUUCAUCAAAAGAAGCAUCUCGGCCAGAAUCUGUUGAGCCACAACCUGAAACUGCUGACAAAACUUCGCCUGUUGCAAGUCAAAAGGAUGAAAAGUCAGCGCCACCAUCAAAAGAAGCAUCUCGGCCAGAAUCUGUUGAACCACACUUAGAACCAGCUGACAAAAUGUCUCCUGUUGCAAGUCAAAAGGAUGAAAAGUCAGCACCACCAUCCAAGGAAACAUCUCGACAAGAAUCUGUUGAGACACAAGCAGAAACUACUGACAAAACUUCACCUGUUGCAAGUCAAAAGGAUGAAAAGUCAGCACCACCAUCAAAAGAAGCAUCUCGGCCAGAAUCUGUCGAACCACACUUAGAACCAGCUGACAAAACUUCUCUUGUGGAAAGCAAAAAGGAUGAAAAGUCAGCGCCUUCAUCAAAAGAAGCAUCUCGGCCAGAAUCUGUUGAACCACACUUAGAACCAGCUGACAAAACUUCUCCUGUUACAAGUCAAAAGGAUGAAAAGUCAGCACCACCAUCAAAAGAAGCAUCUCGACCAGAAUCUGUUGAGCCACAACCAGAAACUGCAGAAAAAACUUCUCCUGUUGAAAGCAAAAAGGAUGAAAAGACAGAACCAUCAAAAGAAGCAUCUCGACCAGAAUCUGUCGCACCACAACCAGAAACUACUGACAAAACUUCACCUGUUGCAAGUCAAAAGGAUGAAAAGUCAGCACCACCAUCAAAGGAAGCAUCUCGGCCAGAAUCUGUCGAACCACACUUAGAACCAGCUGACAAAACUUAUCUUGUGGAAAGCAAAAAGGAUGAAAAGUCAGCACCAACAUCAAAAGAAGCAUCUCGACCAGAAACUGUCGAACCACAACCAGAAACUGCUGACAAAACUUCACCUGUAGAAAGUCAAAAAGAUGAAAAGUCAGCACCACCAUCAAAAGAAGCAUUCCUUCUAGCAUAUGUCGAACCACAACCAGAAACUGCUGACAAAACUUCACCUCUUGCAAGUCAAAAGGAUGAAAAGUCAGCGCCACCAUCAAAAGAAGUAUCUCGGCCAGAAUCUGUUGAGCCACAACCAGAAACUGCUGACGAAACUUCACCUGUUGUAAGUCAAAAGGAUGAAAAGUCAAAACCACCAUCCAAAGAAGCAUCUCGGCCAGAGUCUGUUGAACCACAACCAGAAACUGCUGAGAAAACUUCUCCGGUUGCAACUCAAAAAGAUGAAAAGUCAACACCGCCAUCAAAGGAAGCAUCUCCGCUACAACCAGAAACUGCCGACAAAACUUCUCCUGUUGCAAGUCAAAAAGAUGAUAAGUCAGCAGUGCCAUCAAAAGAAGCAUCCCUUCCAGAAUCUUUUGAGCCACAACUAGAAACAGCUGAAAAAGCUUCUGUGGUUGAAAGCCAAAAGGAUGACGAGUCAGCAUCGCAAUCCAAGGAAGCAUCUCGACCGGAAUCUGUUGUAAGUCAAAGGGAUGACAAGUCAGCACCGCCAUCCAAGGAAGUAUCUAGGCCAGAAUCUGUGGAACCACAAUCAGAAACAGCUGACAAAACUUCUCAGGUUGAAAGCCAAAAGGAUGACAAGUCAGCACCACCAUCCAAGGAAGCAUCUAGGCCAGAAUCUGUUGAGCCACAACCAGAAACAGCUGACAAAACUUCUCCGGUUGAAAGCCAAAAGGAUGACAAGUCAGCGCCACCAUCCAAAGAAGCAUCUCGACCGGAAACUGUUGUAAGUCAAAAGGAUGAAAAGUCAGCACCACCAUCCAAGGAAGCAUCUAGGCCAGAAUCUGUUGAGCCAAAACCUGAAACAACUGACAAAACUUCUCCGGUUGAAAGCCAAAAGGAUGACAAGUCAGCACCACCAUCCAAGGAAGUAUCUCGACCGGAAUCAGUUGUAAGUCAAAAAGAUGAAAUGUCAGCACCUCCAUCCAAAGAAGCAUCCCGACCGGAAUCUGUUGUAAGUCAAAAGGAUGAAAAGUCGGCACCAAAAUCCAAGGAAGCAUCAAGGCCAGAAUCUGUUGAGCCACAAUUAGAAACAGCUGAAAAAGCUUCUGUGGUUGAAAGCCAAAAGGAUGACAAGUCAGCACCACCAUCCAAGGAAGCAUUUAGGCCAGAAUCUGUUGAGCCACAACCAGAAACAACUGAAAAAGCUUCUGUGGUUGAAAGCCAAAAGGAUGACAAGUCAGCACCACCAUCCAAGGAAGCAUCCCGACCGGAAUCUGUUGUAAGUCAAAAGGAUGAAAAGUCGGCACCACCAUCCAAGGAAGCAUCAAGGCCAGAAUCUGUUGAGCCACAACUAGAAACAGCUGAAAAAGCUUCUAUGGUUGAAAGCCAAAAGGAUGACAAGUCAGCACCACCAUCCAAGGAAGCAUCCCGACCGGAAUCUGUUGUAAGUCAAAAGGAUGAAAAGUCGGCACCACCAUCCAAGGAAGCAUCAAGGCCAGAAUCUGUUGAGCCACAACUAGAAACAGCUGAAAAAGCUUCUGUGGUUGAAAGCCAAAAGGAUGACAAGUCAGCACCACCAUCCAAUGAAGCAUCUAGGCCAGAAUCUGUUGAGCCACAACCAGAAACAACUGAAAAAGCUUCUGUGGUUGAAAGCCAAAAGGAUGACAAGUCAGCACCACCAUCCAAGGAAGCAUCCCGACCGGAAUCUGUUGUAAGUCAAAAGGAUGAAAAGUCGGCACCACCAUCCAAGGAAGCAUCAAGGCCAGAAUCUGUUGAGCCACAACUAGAAACAGCUCAAAAAGCUUCAGUGGUUGAAAGCCAAAAGGAUGACAAGUCAGCACCACCAUCCAAGGAAGCAUCCCGACCGGAAUCUGUUGUAAGUCAAAAGGAUGAAAAGUCGGCACCACCAUUUAAGGAAGCAUCAAGGCCAGAAUCUGUUGAGCCACAACUAGAAACAGCUGAAAAAGCUUCUGUGGUUGAAAGCCAAAAGGAUGACAAGUCAGCACCACCAUCCAAGGAAGCAUCAAGGCCAGAGUCUGUUGAGCCACAACUAGAAACAGCUGAAAAUGCUUUCGUGGUUGAAAGCCAAAAGGAUGACAAGUCAGCACCACCAUCCAAGGAAGCAUCUAGGCCCGAAUCUGUUGAGCCACAACUAGAAACAGCUGAAAAAGCUUCUGUGGUUGAAAGCCAAAAGGAUGACAAGUCAGCACCACCAUCCAAGGAAGCAUCUAGGCCAGAAUCUGUUGAGCCACAACUAGAAAAAGCCGAAAAAGCUUCUGUAGUUGAAAGCCAAAAGGAUGACAAGGCAGAACCACCAUCUCGACCGGAAUCCGUUAUAAGUCAAAAGGAUGAAAAGUCGGCAACACCAUCCAAGGAAGCAUCUAGGCCAGAAUCUGUUGAGCCACAACUAGAAACAGCUGAAAAAGCUUCUGUGGUUGAAAGCCAAAAGGAUGACAAGUCAGCACCACCAUCCAAAGAAGCAUCAAGGCCAGAAUCUGUUGAGCCACAACCAGAAACAACUGACAAAACUACUCCGGUUGAAAGCCAAAAAGAUGACAAGGCAGAACCACCAUCCAAGGAAGCAUCUCGACCGGAAUCCGUUAUAAGUCAAAAGGAUGAAAAGUCGGCAACACCAUCCAAGGAAGCAUCUAGGCCAGAAUCUGUUGAGCCACAACCAGAAACAACUGACAAAACUUCUCCGGUUGAAAGCCAAAAGGAUGACAAGUCAGCACCACCAUCCAAGGAAGCAUCUAGGCCAGAACCUGUUGAGCCACAACCAGAAACAACUGACAAAACUUCUCGGGUUGAAAGCCAAAAGGAUGACAAGUCAGCACCACCAUCCAAGGAAGCAUCCCGACCGGAAUCUGUUGUAAGUCAAAAGGAUGAAAAGUCGGCACCACCAUCCAAGGAAGCAUCAAGGCCAGAGUCUGUUGAGCCACAACUAGAAACAGCUGAAAAAGCUUCUGUGGUUGAAAGGCAAAAGGAUGACAAGUCAGCACCACCAUCCAAGGAAGCAUCCCGACCGGAAUCUGUUGUAAGUCAAAAGGAUGAAAAGUCGGCACCACCAUCCAAGGAAGCAUCAAGGCCAGAAUCUGUUGAGCCACAACCAGAAACAACUGACAAAACUUCUCCGGUUGAAAGCCAAAAGGAUGACAAGUCAGCACCACCAUCCAAGGAAGCAUCUCGACCGGAAUCCGUUAUAAGUCAAAAGGAUGAAAAGUCGGCACCACCAUCCAAGGAAGCAUCUAGGCCAGAAUCUGCUGAGCCACAACCAGAAACAACUGACAAAACUUCUCCGGUUGAAAGCCAAAAGGAUGACAAGUCAGCACCACCGUCCAAGGAAGCAUCCCGACCGGAAUCCGUUGUAAGUCAAAAGGAUGAAAAGUCGGCACCACCACCCAAGGAAGCAUCAAGGCCAGAGUCUGUUGAGCCACAACUAGAAACAGCUGAAAAAGCUUCUGUGGUUGAAAGCCAAAAGGAUGACAAGUCAGCACCACCAUCCAAGGAAGCAUCCCGACCGGAAUCUGUUGUAAGUCAAAAGGAUGAAAAGUCGGCACCACCAUCCAAGGAAGCAUCAAGGCCAGAAUCUGUUGAGCCACAACCAGAAACAACUGACAAAACUUCUCCGGUUGAAAGCCAAAAGGAUGACAAGUCAGCACCACCAUCCAAGGAAGCAUCUCGACCGGAAUCCGUUAUAAGUCAAAAGGAUGAAAAGUCGGCACCACCAUCCAAGGAAGCAUCUAGGCCAGAAUCUGCUGAGCCACAACCAGAAACAACUGACAAAACUUCUCGGGUUGAAAGCCAAAAGGAUGACAAGUCAGCACCACCAUCCAAGGAAGCAUCCCGACCGGAAUCCGUUGUAAGUCAAAAGGAUGAAAAGUCGGCACCACCACCCAAGGAAGCAUCAAGGCCAGAAUCUGUUGAGCCACAACUAGAAACAGCUGAAAAAGCUUCUGUGGUUGAAAGCCAAAAGGAUGACAAGUCAGCACCACCAUCCAAGGAAGCUUCUAAGCCAGAAUCUGUUGAGCCACAACCAGAAACAGCUGACAAAACUUCUCCGGUUGAAAGCCAAAAGGAUGACAAGUCAGCACCACCAUCCAAGGAAGCAUCUCGACCGGAAUCCGUUAUAAGUCAAAAGGAUGAAAAGUCGGCACCACCAUCCAAGGAAGCAUCAAGGCCAGAAUCUGUUGAGCCACAACCAGAAACUGCUGACAAAACUUCUCCGGUUGAAAGCCAAAAGGAUGCCAAGCCACAAUCCAAGGAAGCAUCUCGACCGGAACCAGAAACAACUGACAAAACUUCUCCGGUUGAAAGCCAAAAGGAUGACAAGUCAGCACCACCAUCCAAGGAAGCAUCUAGGCCAGAAUCUGUUGAGCCACAACCAGAAACAACUGACAAAACUUCUCCGGUUGAAAGCCAAAAGGAUGACAAGUCAGCACCACCAUCCAAGGAAGCAUCUCGACCGGAAUCCGUUAUAAGUCAAAAGGAGGAAAAGUCGGCACCACCAUCCAAGGAAGCAUCUAGGCCAGAAUCUGUUGAGCCACAACCAGAAACAACUGACAAAACUUCUCCGGUUGAAAUCCAAAAGGAUGACAAGUCAGCACCACCAUCCAAGGAAGCAUCUCGACCGGAAUCCGUUAUAAGUCAAAAGGAUGAAAAGUCGGCACCACCAUCCAAGGAAGCAUCUAGGCCAGAAUCUGCUGAGCCACAACCAGAAACAACUGACAAAACUUCUCCGGUUGAAAGCCAAAAGGAUGACAAGUCAGCACCACCAUCCAAGGAAGCAUCUCGACCGGAAUCCGUUAUAAGUCAAAAGUCAAAGGAUGAAAAGUCGGCACCACCAUCCAAGGAAGCAUCUAGGCCAGAAUCUGUUGAGCCACAACCAGAAACAACUGACAAAACUUCUCCGGUUGAAAGCCAAAAGGAUGACAAGUCAGCACCACCAUCCAAGGAAGCAUCUAGGCCAGAAUCUGUUGAGCCACAACCAGAAACUGUUGACAAAACUUCUCUUAUUGCAGAUCAAAAGGAUGUGAAGUUUGAAACUGUUUCGUCGCCCAUUGAUGUUGUUGGGCCAACUAUUUUAACUGAAAAACAAUUGGGUUCUGGAGAAAUUUUGGGAGAGGUUGUUGAGUGUUUGAAAUCAGAUAUUCAACAAGCCGUUAAAAUAUCAUCUUCCAUUUGUGACGAUCUGAAACAAAUGGCUGUAACAGUCGAGACAAUAGCGGAGGAUUCAGCUACCAGCGUUCAAAAAGAUAGUUCCUUAGGUGAUAUAAAAGUAAAGCAGGUAACAGAACAAAUUGAACAAGAGACAUUGUGCGAAACUGUAGAGGCUUUAAAGGUUGCUUACGAAGUUAAGAGCUUCCAUACUGAACUACGAGAGACACAUAUCACAACUGUUGAUUCACCUGGUCUUGAUGAAAUUAUAUUGCAUGAUAUUAAAGAGGAAGAUGAGGAGCAUCGAUUUUCACCGCCUAGGGAAACAGCUUCAGAUACUUCCCAGAUAACAACUGUGUUGCAAGCACAGCGUCCAGUUUCACCAAGGGAAGAAGAAGUUGCUAAAAUCGUUGCCAAUGUGGCAGAAGUUUUGAAAUCCGAAAAACCCAUCACUGAGAUUAUACCUGACUUCAACGAACAGGAAUUGGAGAAAAAGCUUUUAAAAACUAAAGAGGAAGAUGCCGCCACAGUUCAAAGAAUGUUAGUUACAGCAAGUAGUGAGGAUGGAGGUGAACAGAUAGAAAUAUGUCCAAAAGGGUCUAUUGUAUUCACUCCCAGCUCAACACCUGAUGUUCUGUCUGGAAAAGUUUCUCCCGACGAAUCAAAGGAGUUAGAAAUUAAUAUCAAGACUGAUGAACAAAUUUUGAAGUCAGAGUCUGAAAAAUCGUCUCCAGAUAUUAAGUCGGGUCCUAUUUCUCUUGAAGAAAAGGACAAAAUUGAAAUUUCGGAAAAGAUGCAAAUAGGACAAACAAUACUGGCAUCAUUGGACCGAAAAGAAUCAGCAAGCAGUGUAGCUGACUAUCAAUCUGAAUUGAGAAGAGAAUCAGCAAUUAGUAAUUUAAGCGAAAAGGACCUAACCAGAGAUGAAAGCACCUUUGACGAAAGACCUGAUUCAUCUGCUAGUCAAGACCUUGGCAAGCUUUCACCUGAACCAACCGAGCAAGACCAAGAAAUUGUUCGUGAGUCUAUAACGACUACAAAAGCUGUUUCCACCUUAAUUGGAAAAGACCAGCAAAUUACAGAAACAAUUUCACGAGACGAGAAAGUAGUAUGUAUCGACAAAGAUUUGACUAAAUCAACAUCAAAAGUUGAAGCUCACAUAGUCCAAUCUGUUAUAAGUGAAAAAACUUCACCUAUUAAACCAAUUGAAAGUGUUUCAUCAGUGGAUGUUACUGAAGCUACAAUAUUUACAACAACAACAACAAGCAUUUCCUUAUCUGAUAAAUUAGAUGAAGGUAAGUCAAGUGCUGAUAAAGAAGCUUUUAAAUCUACGUCUUCAGCAACAUCAACUGAAUCUCAUAGCAAGACAUCAGUAUUUGAUGAACAAAUUGAUGGUGGUUUUGCAGUUUCCACGAAAACCAAAACAACUGCCGUGAGUGGAAAAGGUAUGGAAGAAUUCACACAGUUAAUAGAAACACAGAAAUCAGAAAUUUUACAAACGAAUGUUUCUGAUGAAAAUGUUUUGAGACUAACUUCUGCUCAAACAAAAUUGUCAUCCAUGGAACAGGCUGACUUUGUAGAGCAAGCCAAAACUAUUUCCUUUUCUGAAGCUGAAGAUAGAGGAGUAAAAAGCACUUCCUCAGAGACUAUUAGUGUUAGCGAGAAAGAAUUUUCUUCAAAAGCAUUUGCUACCCAAAAGUCUUCUUCUGUUUCCAGCAUCAAGGAAGAUAUAUCAGAAUCUUCAGAAAUAUCAGAAUCGAAGUCUUCUCGAACUGAAGAAAUAUUGACAACAAAACAACUGUCUACCACUAAGUGCACAAAAGAAGACAAAUCAUCAGUUGCUUUCCAUGAAUCUUUAAGUUCGCAAAUUGACUCAACGAUAAGUUCACUUGUUUCAAAGUCAAAAGAAACAUCGUCGUCGGUUAAUCAAUCGAAAGUUGUAAAAAGUGAACAAACUUCAGGAUCUCAAGCCGUGUUUGUUGCGCCUGGCUCCCAAGAAUCAUCCACAACAAUUCACAAGUCAGAUUCAUACUCAAAAUCGGGAGUAAUUAGAAAAGACGAUUCCGUGUUAUCGAGCAGCAGUGCCAUUUCUGUUACUACAAAGAAAAUGGAUGCAUUUGAUGAUAGGGAAAAAAUAUCUAAAAAGCAAUCAACAUCUGAACAAUAUUCCGAUACUUUUUCACAUACAAAGGAUAUUUCACGCAGAGAAUCAACCCUAAGUCAAAGUAGUGAAGGUCGUCAAACCUGUUCUCUAAGUGAUCAUGAAGAUGGAUAUGAUGACGAUGAUGAUGACAUCUUGAAUAUUAAGGAGAAUCGUUCAAAAUCCAUUGCGACAAUUAUGAUGACCAGUAUUUAUAAGCCUUCAGAAGAGAGCCAAACCUUUGAUGCAUUAGAAGAAGAAGAAUCGUUCAGUGAUAUGACCCAAGAGCUAUCGAAACUUUCAAAAACUAAAACGCAAACCUACCGUACUGUUCAGAAGUCAAUGGGUCAAGAAUUUGAUAAAAAAACAACAUUCAGUACUAUUCUUAAAGAAGAUGCAUCCCCAGAAGAUGCCAUAGACCGAAAAACACCGCCAACUGCACCAGUUAGUCCAGGAAUAAGAUCCACUUUCAUUUCAGAACACAAGGAUACUGUCCAGCAGAGUAGUCUUACUGCAAUGCAAUUUGGCGAAACAUGCGGGGUAUCCGUACCAUCCUCUCCAAGAGAUGUUUCUGGAAAAUCAAGCCCAGGUGCCUUAACAUCAGAAAGUCGUUCCAUUCCCACCCCAGCGGGCCGAGAAUCAAUAACAGAAACUCCUGAAUCAUCUCCCAAACCAACAUCUCCGUUUCCAAGAGUCGCCAAUGACGACAUUCACACAACAACUUCUUUCAGAGCAAUUGACGAUGUAAGAACUACUGCUCCGGAAUUAUCUGAACUGGCAUCUCUAGAAAGAUCAUCAUUAAGUGGAAGCACGGAAAAGGUUAUUACAACAACCAUCACCACCGUUACCAAAGUAAUUUCUAGCGAUGGAAAAGAAAUUGUAACCGAAGAAAAAACUGUUACAACAACAGAUACCAGUGAGCCUGCUGGUGAGAAAGUAACCGUCACAACAACAAGAACCACUAGUGAAAGUGACAAAGUACCUUUACAGCCAAAGGAGUUAGCUAUGUUGAGAUCAGAGUUCCGUAGCUCAACACCUGGCAGCGAAGAUGAAAGACUUUAUAGUGAUGACGAAAUUCCACCAUCGCCAAGAAGUAUCACCUCUUCUCAGGCACAUAGUUACGAUCUCCAAAGGUCAAGUUCAGGAAUAAGUAAAAAAUCUGAUUUGGACAUCGACGAAAGCCAGGAUGAUAUUCCGCCACAAUACGGCAGUGAAGAACAUUCGUCUGCCCUUUCAAUUUCAAUGGCACACAAAAUUGUAGACCCAAUGAGCACAUCAUUUUACGGCGCCCUUCCAGAUUCAUUUGGUCCACUCACAACAUCAUCUUCAACAGUGACUGAAAAAUCAGAUCCUAUUCCAAUCAAAACGACACGAACUAUUGUAAGCAGAACCUUCACAGACUCCCCAGCUAGCCAAUCAUCAGGUAGUGAAGGUGCCAGCCAAACUUGGCUCGCUCGACAUAGCGGCGAUCACAAGUUCCUUGACGAAGCUGAUCUUGAUUUUGAAAAGGCCCUAGAAGAGCACCGACAAGUGCGUGGAGCUGAAGUCAUGUCUAGCGUUACGGCAAAAUACUCAUACUCGCCAUCGAAAUCUACAAUCGAAGAGACUAUCUCUAAACCCAAAUUCCCGCUAGGUGAUAUUCAAAAACCAAAAGGUGCCGAGGGUACAUUACCUUCCAGCACAGAUGAAGAGAAAAAAGACCAAUCCGAUGUGAAGCCCAAGGAUCCUCUAAAAGAAUGGGGUAAACCUCUUGGUCUUCCAUCACCUGCGCCUAUUCCAACUGAAAACGACGUUCGAACCACUCCUAAAAAAGAACGACGUAUGGUGGCUGCAAAAACAAAGCUUAACAAUGAGAAAAACCUUAGAAAACGAUCAGAAUCUCCAAGCAAAACAAGAAAAUCAAGUCCUGUGUAUGUGGACUUAACAUACGUUCCACACAAUGGAAACUCAUAUUACUCACAUGUGGAAUUCUUUAAACGUGUACGCGCCCGAUAUUAUGUAUUCUCUGGAACUGAACCUAGCCGUGAGGUUUACAACGCACUGCUCGAGGCCAAACAAACAUGGGAGGAUAAAGAAUUAGAGGUUACAAUCAUCCCAACUUACGAUACUGACGUUCUUGGCUACUGGGUAGCUGAAAACGAAGAACUCUUAGCUAAAUACCACAUCGAUCUAUCGCCAUCUGCAUCGAGAUGCACUAUCAAUCUUCAAGAUCACGAAACAUCAUGCUCUGCCUACCGUUUGGAGUUCUAGGCCACGGGGAUGUUUAUAGCAUUUUCCCCUAGGAUCGACUCACAAGAAUUUACCAAUUAAUUGCUUUUAGUUGUUUGCAUAUAAAUAAUUACAAGUAUAUUGUAUUUUAAAUUGAAAACAACUUAACAAAAACAAUAUCCGAGAAAACGAAGCAAUUAAACAAAAUUAAAACUAAAUUCAUGAGAAAAGGAAAAUGAUGUUCACUUUGCGGUACAAACAACGCUGAACCGGAUGCGAGAUGUAUACAAGUAAUGGCGGUCUUUAGGUGUGAUUAUUUGCUUUUUUUUCAAUAAGUACACCAGCUGUCUUUACAAUCCACUAUCGCAAUAAGGAACUCAAUAGUCACAAACAAAAAAACAAACAAACAAACAAACAAACAAGCAAACAAACAAACAAAAAACUAAAAACACAAAAAAGAACAAUGCUAUAUUGUCCAUUAGCUUUGCAAAUCCAAGAUGAGAUUAUGUAUUUUAUAAACGAAUGUUACCUUAUUUUCUAGUUCCCUAUUAUAUAAUAUAUUUAUAUAUACAUACAAAAAUAAGUUAUACUUGCUCCCAGCAAAUUAAAUUUAAAAAUAAAAUGUUAAAAAAAUAAAAAAACACAUUACAAACUAUAAUCGAUGUGCCUCUGUGAAGCAAAGCAAUGAAAGUCCCAAGGAGCUUAAAUUAAGUUAUUUAUAAUAAUAUUAUGUUUUUAUUUUUGCGUAGCAUAACUUUAAAUGCCUAAAAUGUAUACCUACAAAAAUAUAUUACAAAAAUCAAAAAACACAAUAAAACUUAACUUUCAAUGUUUAUUAAGUUGUCUUUUUUUUAAAAAUUUAUAAUUUUUUUUUCCAUGGGAAAGUGCCAUGUAAAACAAAAACACAAAGGGACAUUCUUGACAAGUAACAGUUCAUUUUAUAUACUCUUUUUUUUAUUUUUCCAAUUAUAUUUUUUUCAAAGAUUUAUGAGCAAUAACUGAUAUUAAAUGUUAUUCAACAAGCUGUCAACAAUAUUCAUUAUGACUUUGAAGUUUAAACAUUUUAAACGUCAAAACUGACAACUGGCCUACUCAAACAUACAAUGUUGUUGGUAAAAAAGGAUAUAGACUUUUAUGAAAUGACAGGACUUCCUGUUUUUUUUAAUAAAUCAUGUCUCUAAUACCACUUCCGAUCGAUCUUGCUAGAACAUUCGUAAUGUAAACUGUCAACAAUGACAUUAGAAUACUCGAAAUAUUUAUGAACUAAAUAAGUAAUUGAAAAAAAUAGCAUGUUUAGGAAGAAAAAAAAAAUAAACAAAAAACAAUUUAAAAAUAAUCGUGUGCAUUUACAAAAAUAUAAAUGUUCGAUGUACAUUUAAAACAAAAACAUAAAAAUAUAAUUAAAAACUAAUUAAUUAUAUAUGUUACACUUGCGUAUAAAUAACUGUAACUAUGUGUAAUUUAUAUGUUGUGUAAUGUUGAACAAAAGAAAAAUCUUUAAAAAUAUUUAAAAAAAAUCAAAUGAAUUCAUUACUAUACUUGUUUAAAAACAAAACAAUUAAAAAUCAUAUAACUCAAGUAUUUUUGUGUAAUGUUGAUGUUAGAAAUGAAAUAAUAACCUUCAAUGCUUGAAAAGUAAGAAACAAAUGGAAGUUUAACUGGAUAUGGCAGCUGUUCUGCAAAGGUCAUUCAAAUUACAAUAUAAUUAUUUUAUUUUAACCAAUUUAAGUUUUAUUAUAAUUUUUUGUAUCUUAAAAAAAAUAUAUAAAACAUCAGUCCGCCAUAAAAUAUUUACAAAAAACAAAAAAAAUAAAAAUAAAAACAAACACAAAACAUUACAAUAGAACUAAAUUAUAAGAAAAUUAACUUUAAGAAAAAAAUAGGUAAUAUAAGAAGUAAAUUCCUUUAUAAAGAAAAUUAAAAAAAAAAAAAACAAAAAAACUUAAACUAGGAAAUACAUUUUCUCCAAAUUCAAACAUAUAGCUACUUAUCCACACACUUUUCAGAAAAAUAUUCUUAAGACAAAUCAUUACUCAAAAAAUGUCUCAUAAUAUUGUGCACCGUCCACAAUUAAUUAAUAGUUUAAAAAUUUUGAUUUAGAAAACUUUAAAAAAAAAGUUUUUGUAACAAUUUUUUAACAACAAUUUUAGAUUAAUUUUGGAAGGUUACAGCAAAUGAAAUGAAUUGUGUAGACAACUUUGUUGAUAAACUCGCCUUGGCAGAAUCUUUUAAACUUUCAAAAAAAAACGUUCUAAUUUUCAAAGAUGUGAAAGUUAGGAUAGAUGUAACUUUAGAGGGUAGGGUGUGGGACUAGUUGGACUGCAUUCGAAUUACUCCGAAAGAAGAAAGUCCUACAAGACAAGGUACGCUCGUUCCAUACCGUUUUCAGAUCCAUUGUGAAAUCGUGAACUUUAGGGCAUAGUCCAACUAGUACCACUUUACUUUACCCACUUUAAAGUCUAGCUUGACCAUUUGGCCUUGACCCAAGUGACCAAUACUUUGCCUUAGGCUUGCUUUUAUUGAAACACAAUUAGUUUUUUUUUAAAUAUUGGAAUGUCUUGAAAAGUCUACAAUCUUUGAUAACAAUGCCGAGGAAUUAAAAACAUAAAAAUGUAAUAAUCUUAUUGUUGUUUUCUGUUAACAUUUUUAUAGCUUCCUAACUUAAACAACUGUCUUCUUACUUGAAAAUGUUUUAAAAGCUGACACAAUUAAAUUUUAAGUAAAUUUUUGUUUUCCAAUAUUAACUUUUGGUUUAUUUUGUCAAAUUAUAAUUUUAAUAUAAAUACAAUUUUAAACUUACAGAACAUGUGAUAAAAUAAGUAUUUCACUAAACUGUUUAGAAACAAACGAAAAUGGCAAAGACAGGGAUAGUUAGUUUAAACCUCUUUGGUAAAAACUAAGCUUCGAACAUGCUACUAUUUUACUAUUUUUAUUAGUCGAGAAAUAAUAACAAAUUUGUUUGUGAUAAUAUUGUUUGAGGUGUUGUUAAAUGUUUUACAGAACUUAUCUAGCAGCAUUAUACACAUCGCUCUCUUAUUAAAAUGUGAGAUGUUUUUAAGUUAAACAAGAUCAACAAAGCAACCUUUCGAGAUAAAAAUAUUUAAAAAAAAAAAUAAGAAUAAAAACAAAUUUUCAAAUUUUCUUUUUUUUUGAAAAAGAACAAAGAAAACUAUUUUUUACCGAAUUGUUUUAUACGUUUUUUGAAAUAAGAAACUAACAAAAAGAAAAUAAAAAUAUAGUAGAUAGUUUUUGAUUGAUAUAAUUAUUGAAAAAAUUUAAAAAAAAAGAAUAAAAAUACAUUAAAUUGUAUGGUGAUUUAAUUAUACUAUAUUUUAAGCAAAAUGAAAAAUAAUAACGUACGCAAAAAGAAAUAAACCAAGUGCUGAAGAAAAUAUUUUUUAAUUUAAUGCAAUUUAAUGAUAUGUUAUAAAAAAAAAGAAUGAUGGCGCAGAGCAGACAAUUUAAAGUUUUUAAAAGCAUUUAUCGAGAUUCACCAUAAUAUUAAUGAAUCUAUUCGUAGAAUCAAAAAAAAAUACAUUACAUACUUCUUAACGGCAAACAGGAUAAAAAAUUUUAAAAAAUCAAAUGCACUCACAAAAAAAAACUAUUUAAACAUUGUAAUUGGUUAAAAAAAGAAAAUUAAACAAUUAUACGAACAAAAAAAAAAAACAAUGUAUUAGUGGUUAUAAAAAAAAUAUAUUAAUAUGUAUAGACAAAAAAAAACUAAAAAAAAAAUUUGUUGUUAACGUACUACUUUUUGAGGGGAGAUAAAAUAUAUUUAUAUAUUUAAACAAAAUAAUAAUGAUAAAAAGUUUUGAAAAAAAAAAUAUUAUUUAAACUAUUUAAAAUCUUUUUACGGUAGUACCAUCAGAGUUUGUUUGUUUAUGAAAUAAAUUUUAAAGGAAUUAUUCAGAAUUUGCCUUUCAUUCAAUUACCUAGUGCCCAGUAACGUAUUAAUAAAUAACGUUUACAUUUUUUUUCCGUUGCAUAUUAUAUUUGAAGUUUAUUGAUGAGAAAUUGUUAUUUUCAUAUCUUAUUGCAAUUAAUUAUUACCCUAAGUACAUAAAAUAAAUUAAGUAUUAUAAAGCAUAAGAAAAUGUGAAAAAGUAAAAUUUUUAAAUGCUUUUUCUUGAAGACAAAGCUUAUCUCCAAAUAAAGAAAACAUGUAUAUAUAUAUUUAAAUAUAUAUAUACUAUAUAUACAAAACGUAUAUAAAU